AUGCCGUACAUAACCACGAGCCAGGAGUGGCUCGCCCAGUCCGCUCUCCUCAUCGAAGCCCGCCCAACAACCGCCCGCGUCACCACAAAAUACAACAUCAAGCCCGCGAAAGCACGCGCAGCCAAGAAAGCGAACAAGGAUGGCGACGACGACACGACCAUGACAGACGCCGCCGCGGCAGCGGCGAAACCCCCCCGCGCGUCCCUGAUAAUCAAGACCUUCGACCCCCACUCGGGCGUGUGCCUCAAGUACAAGACGACCAAGGCCGCCGAGGUGUCGCGGCUCGUGCAGCUGCUGGGCUCCCUGGGGAGGAAGAUGGCAGCCCUGCCCGACGCGCCGGCGCCGGCCAUCGCCGUGGAGGACGAGGCUGCCGCCGCCGGGGUCGCGACGCCGCCGGUCGGUGGCUCGGCAGGAGCAGGAGCAGGGCAACCCGCGCAGCAGGCGCCGUCCGGGGCGGGCGGCGGCGGGAAGGGCAAGAAGAAGAAGGGCAAGCGGUGA